GCUGUGCUUCAAGAGGAACGUCUCAUGGCGGGCAUGAAGGCACGCGCUAUUCUGCCUGCAGCUGAGGGCGGAAGAAGACUUGCGACGACGGAGCCUUCACGGUGGUACGACCCGUCCAUGUGCAGCCAUCUGCCGUCGUGGGAGACGCCGCUGCCUCCCUCGGACGAGGAGCCGGAGGGGGAUGAAUUUCCAACGUUUCCUCUCGCCAGCGGGUCGACGCAGCUGUUGUCGCAGAUGGUGCUCGUAGGCGGGGAGGCGAGUCGCACGGUCAUCACCGCCGCCCAUGCUUCCGCACGUGGCCUGCAGCAGCCUCGAAGGGAGCAGAUGGGACCUUCCACAGUACGUGGCGGUGCGUCCGUCGUUGGCGGUGUUGGUUCUUCGCCAGCAGCCCGGCAGCAUGUAUCGGGUGCGCCGUCCGGGGAACGAUUUAUGGAUAAUUGGGACGUGCGCACUGCUGCGGCAACAUCGUCCCUGCGCACCAGCGGUGCACGCUCGUCAAUGCUGAACCGAACAACGGCCGCGCCACCCGAAGGGAGGGACAAGGGCGCCCGCAAACCACCGGCGGGUUCAGGCGCUCGUGUGGAGAAAAUCACUCGAGGCGUAUCGAACAUGCGGGCACACAGCGAUGGCGGCGAUGACGAUGGCUGUGGCGGUGACGAUGCCAACGACGGAUUGAGGGAGGAAGUCGAAGCGGGGGACGACGACGACGACAAUGCUGUUUGGCCUGUGGGGAAGACGGGUGGUAGGGGUAUUGGAUGCAGCAACCGUGGUGGCCGUGGUCGAUCCGUUGGCCGUGGCGGCAGAGGUGGCGUCACCGACGAUGGAGGGAAGUCUGGGACGUACUGGUCGACGGACGAGCAGAAGCUCCUCGUCAGAUGCAAGCGAGAGCAGGAGAUGCACCUCGUUGGGCUAGGCCACAAUUACGGCCGGAUGCGGACGAAGGAGUGGAAGUGGAUCGACAUUGCGAAGCGCAUGGCGAACGGUGGGAGCCCUAAAAAAGCAGACAACUGCAUGAAGAAAUGGGACAAUUUGUUUCAAAACUACAAGAAAAUACAGAGUCCGGACGGGGUGCAGCUGCCCAGGAGAGGAGCGGGUGGUGAGGAGUCUGUUGAUAGUGAGGGAGGUGGUGACGGCUGCCCUGAAGAAAGAUCUUCUGCAAGGGACCCCAACGUGAACGCUUGCAGUGUUGCCAGAGGCGGGAAGCGUAAGAAUGCGUGCCAACAGGCGCUGGAGUCCAUCGCUGAUGUCAUGGACCGCCAUGGCAAACCGAUGUCGUCGACGAUUGAAUCGUCCAGCAAACGCGCGCUGAAGAGGAUGCUCCCCCUUGCACCCGAGGCGCAGCAGGCGCGUGGCCGUGAUGCAAGGAAAGACAAGGCUGUCGUCGUCGUGGCGGAAGGCGAUGAUAACGAGACGUUGGAAAGACGUCGCCAGCGCAAUCUUGCACAAGAUUCCGCAGCCCCGUUGAUGACUACACGCCUCCCGGAAAGGAAGUCGUGCCAGAGUGACACGCAAUCGAGGGCGAGGCGGCAGGUGCUGAGGGCAGGACCGCCACACGCGCCCAUCUGCGGCCACACGAUAGAUCUCAACAUGGAUUUGCCACUGUGGUUCGCCGGCGCCCAUAUCAACGACAGACCCGACGACGACGACAUGGCGGUGUACCAGGAGUCGACCGUCAUCUGCAUCGCCCAAGCAUUCCGCGCGGCGGUGCAGAUGGGAGCGCACAUUGACAGCGAUUUCAUCUCCUACGACCAUCUUUGUCGGGUGGGUGACUGCUUCAGACUUCUGUUAGCGGCGGCAAUGUGGAUAAUGCGCAUGGCGGGAGACGACUUCCGAAGCCACUACGAGGCGUUCUACUCCGUCAACUUGCUGGCCAGGCCUACACUGGUCGCGUCCAUGCAUCGCUCCUUCGACCAUAGACGAUCCAUCGUCCGCGCCGCGAAAGCCGUCACCGAGAGGCUUGGGAAGGCGAACCCCACGUUUGGCGAGCACCCCAACUACAUCCCUCAAUGGGCACCCUGCGGCAUUACUUUCGGCCACGACGCCAGCGUAACGGGUCCGGAGGAUUGCAAGAGGCUUGAUUGGUUGGGUUCGGGCCCCCCCGAUGACGACGGCGACGACGACAAGAAAGAAGGCGCGUAGGGGGUGGGGCGGCGGUUGUUAUAGUCCUCGAACAUGUCCACGUGGCACAUCGACAUGAGGGGCUUCACCGC